AUCCAAUCCUUUGCCGCCCUUCUCCAGCUCCAUUCCCUUUGCUCCCAGCAGAUCCGCCACCCAGCGCGAGGACCCUGGGCGUGGCCAUGAAGAUGAAGGAGGGGGGCGACUGGAGCAGCGAGUGGCGGCGGCCGCACGGCAGCGCCAAGUUGGGUGGCCUAUCCAUGGUCCCUGAAUGGGAUUCGCUUCCACCGGAGCUUGUCCAAGCGGUCGCCGACCGCGUCCUCUCCGCCACCGGCGGCGUCGACGCGUACAUGGACAUGAGGGCCGUCUGCUCAACCUGGCGCUCUGCCGUCGCCAAGUCAUCUCCUUUCGCCGCGGUCGCCGGCCUCCGUUUCCGCCCGCGCCACUGGGUCAUGCUCGACCUGCAACCCGACGACCUCAAUGACGAGGCUCGCCUCUUCCUCCACGUCCCCACCGGCCGCUUCCGCCGCCUGCACCUCCCGGCGCUCCGCGACAACCUCGUCGCCGGUGCUGCCGACGGUCUCCUCGUGCUCGCGGACAUGUAUCCGCCGCACUUGGCUCGUGUCCUCAACCCAUUUACAGGUGACAUGCUCCACUUCCCCGCGGCGUUACCUCGGCAUUUUACCUUUACCUCGGUGAUGAAGGGAGGCUCUCAUCCGACGCUGGUCUUGCUGAGAUGGGGCUCGGUGUUCUGUGCUGCCCCAAACAGCGAUCUCUUUACACAGACAGAGGAGGCCGUUGAAUCCUACUUGGUGAGCAUUGCUAACUUCCAGGGCGACGUCUAUUGUGCCGAUGGCCGUGGAUGUGUAUUCAAGUUGGUCGCACUCGCACCAGCAGCAGACCAGUGUGAUGAUGAUGAUGAUGAUGAUGAUGAUGAUGAUGAUGAUGAUGAUGAUGAUGAUGAUGAUGAUGAUGAUGAUGAUGAUGAUGAUGAUGAUGAUGAUGAUGAUGAUGAUGAUGAUGAUGAUGAUGAUGAUGAUGAUGAUGAUGAUGAUGAUGAUGAUGAUGAUGAUGAUGAUGAUGAUGAUGAUGAUGAUGAUGCCGCGGCGCCGCCGGAUGUGCACGUAUAUACACAAGAGGGAGAUGAUGAUACAAAAGAGGGAGAUGAUCACAGCGAAAUGCCUUCUUAUCUUGUGGAGUCUGCUGGGGAACUGCUGCUCGUUUGCUCCGUUGAUCAAACUUUGAAAGUUUUCAGAGUCAACGUCGAGCACAAGUUGUUGGAGGAGGUCAAGAGCCUCGGCGGCCGCACCUUGUUCCUCGGCCAAGAGAGGUGUGUGUCUGUCGAUGCAGCGAAGCUUCCUUCCGUUGACGGAGAUUGCAUAUACAUGUUAGAUUUUGAAAACGCGCCCAUGUCAGAUUCUGAAAGCGUGUCCAUGUCAGAUUCUGAAGACAUGUCCGUGUCAGAUUCUAGAGACAAGAUAUGCGUGUAUAACCUAAGAGGCGACGUGGUGGACAUUAUCUCCAGCAAGGACUUUUGUGCUCGACCUUUCAGCCUUGUCCAGGUUCUCCUGCGGUACUGUGAUGUCCUUCCCAAAUUGUAAAGGGUGUGAAAAUAAACCUGUGCUGGCCUUGCUGCUACUGCCUCAUGCCACUGAGAUUAUAAACCAAAGAAACAGGGUGAGCGCAGCUGCCAAGCGGGGAAGGAGAUUGCUUCCGAAAAUUUUAUCUAAAUCGUUGUGAAAUAUAGAGAACGCAGGGGCAUUGGAGUGAGAGUGGGGAUAUAUUAGUAAUGGGGGUGUGACUGAUAUCAAGAGUUGACAGUGGAUAUUGAAUGAAGAACAUCAGCAGGCAAAGAUGGAAUGGGAAGCUGAAUCGGUGGAAGAAAUAUUACAGUCAUCUAAGCCAGGAGUAGGAGAUUAAGUAAGUAUUCUUUCAUACG